UAAACAAAACACAAAAUAAAGGCAAGUAUUGCUCUGGAAAUGUCAAAAAUGUUUGACUURCUGCCCGUAGAUCAAAGCGAUUUUAUUUAGAGAAUUCAUCAAGCUCUUGUAUGUCUUAGUCAAGCUAUCAGUAUUAUAUUUAUGGGCAUUUGCUGUUGUAAACAUAACGACAACUUUGGUGAAGAUCACAGAGAUGGCGAAGGCGAUGGAGGACGACGACCAGGUCGCAGAAUAUUACGACGAUUAAACUACGAUACAGCCACAGAUGGGCUUGUCUUAGAAGCUUUGUCUGCUCUACGAAAGCUAGCAGACAAUGAUGAGGAACCACCAGAAUGCAUGGCCGUUCUACAUUACUAUGCAGAAGAAGAGGAUGGAUGGCUUACAAUUGUCAAGUCUUGUAUAUUUGCAAUUCCUCUAGAAGAUUCUCUAGGAACUGCUGUUUUAUCAUUUCUUCUUGAUGAAUGCCCWUUACCAACAAGGGAUGGCAUCAAUGCAUUUGUUUCAAAAUUAGAUCUUUCCAAGGAUACAGAUUAUUUAAGGUUUUAUACAAAAGUAGACAGCAGGGAGACUCCRCUAAAGCCUGCCAUAUGUCGCAAUCUUGCAGUAGUUUUAGCAUGCUUGGCAGAUAAAUUGGCAGGUCCAAUGAGCAUAGCAUUACUAAGUAAAGGAACCCUAGAAUUUCUUCUUGAAAGACUGAAUGUUUCAGAGCACCCUGCUGUCAUUCUAUUUUCAAUUUUAGCUCUGGAAAAAUUUGCACAAACUAGUGAAAAUAUGAAAGGUAUAAAAGAAAGCAGCGUUGCUGAUAAACUUGUUGUCCUGGAAAARGAAUUUCUUCACAGCACUAAYCUGCUUGAGCAUCAGGCUGGAUUUUGUGCUCAGUGGUGUCUGGACAAUUCUUUUCCAAAGCCUGGGCGACCAUUUUCCUAUGAAAACGUAGACGUUAGUUAUAUCAAGGCCAUGUUGAACACCAAUGAUGUCAGUGAAUAUCUCAAGAUAUCCCCCACAGGGCUUGAGGCAAGAUGUGACGCUGCGUCUUUUGAGAGUGUUCGAUGCACCUUUUGCGUAGAAUCAGGAGUCUGGUUCUAUGAGGUGUAUCUGUUAACAGCUGGUGUCAUGCAAAUAGGAUGGKCAACUAAAGAAAGCAAGUUUCUUAAUCAUGAAGGMUAUGGUAUUGGUGAUGACGAGUUUUCCUAUGCAUAUGAUGGCUGUCGGCAGCUAAUAUGGCACAAUGCAAAAAGCCAUCCACAUAACCAUCAACCAUGGAAGCCAGGCGAUGUACUAGGACUUUUAUUGGACCUUGAUCGGCGGAAAAUUCAAUUCUUACUCAAUGGCUGCGCUAUAGAAAGAGACUUUAAAGCGAAAAAAUCCAGAACUGGCUUUUUUGCAGCUGCUAGUUUUAUGUCAUUUCAGCACUGUAUAUUUAAUUUUGGUGCUGAUCCUUUUAGAUAUCCACCUUUAGUGGCUUUUAAAUGUUUCAAUGAUCAUGCUGUUUUAAAAGAAGAAGACAAAAUUAUCCUUCCAAAACAUAUAAAGAUGAAGACAAUACGUCAGGAAAGUGUCUCAGGAGAAGCGUGCAAGAUUUGUUUUGAAAAGACAUCGGACACUAAACUCCUCCCCUGUCAGCACGGUGAUCUUUGUAGAACUUGCGCUUUAMGAAUGGAGCAGUGCCCUAUUUGUCGCCAGGAAAUAUCAGCAUUGGURCAUGUCGACCCACAAAUAAAUGAGGACUCAUAACACGAAUGAAUUAGAUAUUAUUUUAAAUUUUGUAAUAAAUUGUAAGUAGCUAAAAAAUAUCACAUAUCGCUGAAGCAAUGGCACAAGAUAAAUGUAAACAUGAAGAAUGCUCACAGAAACACAAUUGUUGUUUUUAUAUAAUUAUGUAGUAAAGUACCCUUAACAAUUACUGAGAUCAGAUCAUAGGGCAGAGUGGAGGCACUAAAUACGUGAAACAAAUAUUACUACUUCCAAUGAAUAGUGAUGUUUAGCAAAAUAGAAAGCAAAGGACUAAUUUUUCAUAAUUUAGURCUAUGUUUGUUUAAGGAUUACGUGUGUUCGCUGUAGCAGAAAUAGAACCGGGUACCAGGACCUCUCGAAGGGGAUUGGGGCGCGGCAGCACAAGGUUGUCGAUCACGCUCCUCGGUCCCACGUCUACGCAAAUAACCGAAAAGUAUUAUGGAAGGAAAUCUUGCAAUGAGUGCGCAUUAUCAACAAAAUUGUUAAGAAAGACUGAAGCAAAAAUGGAUCGGUGAUUGAUGAAAAUCUUACUGCCAUUGCUCAUUACACCUACUCCUUUUAGGUCUUGUUGCGUGAUAUCGUAAUGAGAUCGAGUUUUACUGUUGCGGUUGCCAGUUGUAAUAUGUUCAAAAACGAAGAAUGAAUAAAUAUUUCAAAUCAAA